AGCGCGUUUUUGUUGUUCCGGUUUUUGUUUUUUUUAAGACGCGCGUGUAUAAAUACGGCGGUGGGUGGUCGUCGUCUUCAUCCUCUGGGAGACCCGCCUUUGGCCUGAUGUCUGCGGCGUUGGGGGUGGCGCCUGUUUUCCCCGCGGCCGCUCCAGGCCCCUCUGCGUGGGUCUUUGGGCACCAGAGGGUCGAGCGUCGGACCUCUGAUUAGUUCCUCCCUUCUCAGCCCCGGAACGCCCACCCCAGAGCAGAGCAGGGUCUCGGUCGUGCCCCAAAGGUGGUGAGAGAAUCCGGGACCAGGCUCGGGCACAUCCCUGCUGCAGGGCGGGAAGUGGUCGGUUCGGAUAAGUGGAGAUAAAUGCAUAUCCAUUCGUUCCAUAUGCAUCGAGCACUGGGAACUCUUUGGGAGCCAGACAGACAAGAUCCCAGCCCUUAGGAGGCCGAUCGUGUCACGUCUGAGCCACGUGCAGUAGGGACGCAGCUGAAUUGUGCGCUGCAUACCGGGGACCCAGUUUCCCUGUAGGAAUAACAUGGAAGGAGAAGUGAGCAGACUGGAAAUCCACACGCCCGUUUUUCACAAGAAAAAGAAAAAGAGAAAGGAUCCUGCAUAUAAGGAGAAACAUCGGCGGCAUUCCCAUGGAAGUUUCGGCGACUCCCCCUUGGCUAGCGAACAGCCUGACAAAAGGAAGGGUAAGAAAAAAAGAAAGGAUUUCCGGGAUCUCGUUUCUUCUCGGGAGCAAUCAGAAAUCUGUGAUGAGACAGAAAAGGCCACUUCUACAGCCAGAAAGAGUAAAAAGAGAAGAAAUAGUGCCUUGGGGGCAGAGGAUGAAACAGGUGUUGUGUACGUUGUGGUGGACAAAGAAAACAUUGAGAACAUGCCGAAGAAUUUUAGAAAGGAUGUCGACGUUGUUUAUGUUGAUAUGAGCAAGGAACAAAAGUCAGCCAAAGAGCCCGAAGCAGACGCAGUGUGUUCAGUUGCUAAACGACGUAAAACUGAGUCAGAAGAACUGCAUAAUAACGUCAGGGAGAAAAAGAAGAAGAAGAAAAAGAAGCGUCGGCUGGAAGCAGAAGCGGCCGCGGCAUCCUGGGAUCCUGGGCAGGGAGGCCCGAGUGCACACAUCGCCCUGCCCCAGCCGGAGUCCCACCCGCCGGAAGCCUUGCUUCCUGAGGGCCUGGGAGGCGAAGUCACGUGGUCGCCAGGCUCUGCUCAUAAAAAGAAGUCUAAGAAAAAAAAGAGGAAAUUCUCAAGUGACCAGGAGCGUGAGGCAUUGGCGGUGCCCGAGAGUCUUGAGAGCAUGAACUUGGAUGGAUCCCAUGUGGUUGGUGAAUCGGGGACUAUAGGAGGCAGGAAGGAAGCCGGCAGAGCAAAGAAAAGGGCUAAGAAAAGGAGGCGAAAGUCUUCUGCUGAAAGUGCCCCAGUGACUGAUGCUGACCUGUCAGCGCUCAACUCAGGCUUCGGGGACCCGCCCCUCGGCUCCUUUGAAGGGAGUGGUACCUUGAUUGAAGAAAGUGCGGAACCCAGGCCUCCAGAGGAGAAAGGCCAGGAGUGUUCGGACGAGGUGCCGAGCUUAGAACCUGCAAAUGAAGAAAGCAAUUUGGAAUCGGCUAAAGAGUCUGGAACGAAGUAUUUAUCAGAAGAUUCGAGAGAGUCAGAUGACCCAGACGUGGAUUUGGACUCCGCCGUGAGGCAGCUGCAAGAGUUCAUUCCUGGCAUCAAGGAAAGGGCUGCCACGACGAUUAAGCGAAUGUACCGCGAUGACUUGGGACGUUUCAAAGAAUUUAAAGCACAGGGUGUCGCCAUUCGGUUUGGCAAGUUUUCUGCAAAGGAAAAUAAGCAAUUAGAGAAAAACGUGCAAGAAUUUCUGUCCCUGACAGGCAUUGAGAGUGCAGACAAGCUGUUGUACACAGACAGAUACCCCGAGGAGAAAGCUGCGAUCACCGACUUAAAAAGAAAAUACGCGUUUAGGCUGCACAUUGGGAAAGGCAUCGCCCGGCCCUGGAAACUCGUGUACUAUCGAGCAAAGAAGAUGUUUGAUGUCAAUAAUUACAAAGGCAGGUAUAGCAAAGGAGAUACCGAGAAGUUAAAGAUAUACCAUUCCCUCCAUGGGAACGAUUGGAAAAAGAUUGGGGAGAUGGUGGCUCGAAGUAGCCUCUCCGUUGCCCUGAAGUUCUCCCAGAUCAGCAGUGGUAAGUUGGGGUCUCUAGAGCCCCCCUGGGUGAGCCCCUGUGGGAGGGAAUAAGCCCUGCAGGCCAUC